CUCUCGUUCCUCCACGUGCGCGGCGUCGCUCACCACAACGUGAAGCCGUCGAACCUGGUGUACACUGCGGACUACCGCCUGCAGAUCAUCGGCUUCGACGUCGCGGUGUACGUUGCGGGCGAGGACGACGCGGUGGAGGGCUUCUGCGGGAUGGCGCCGGAGGUCGGUGAUGGCUGCGCGUACAAUGCCGUCCGCGCGGACAGGUGGGCGUGUGGCCGGGUGUUG